UUGGCGGCAGGACUCAUCCAUUGAAGCGCUGGAGUGCUAUGGGCCACCUGUUUCCUGCAAUCAGACAUUGCCAUCCUCCGGAUCCAUCACCAGCCCACCGGGAACUUUCUUUUGGUGUAACUGGACUCUCUACCGGUCAGUAAAUCAUAGCAUCCCAGCCCUUUGCUAUCUCGUGGCCUUAGCCCCCCAGCUCAUCCUAUAUCAAUCGGGCGAGUUAAGUACCCUGCUUGCCCAGGAACGUCAGAAGCGAGCAAUCUUCCUCCCCUUGAUGAUCGGGUUAAGUUUCGCCACUUCACUCAUCAGAAUGGGACUGGGGAGUUCGGGACUACCAGUCAGCCUCCAAUCCACUAAGGAGAUCUGGGAAGAGUUAAAACAAGCCAUGGAGGCCUCUGCACUAUCUAUGGCCUCAUUAGAGAGGCAAAUAACUUCCCUAGCUCGGGUGGCCCGACAAAAUCGGCGGGCGCUAGAUUUACUCACAGAGGAGAAGGGGGGCACUUGUCUUUUCCUACAGGAAGAAUGCUGUUACUAUGUCAACGAAAGUGGAAUAGUGGAGGAGAAUAUUGGCAAACUAAAGGACAUUCGCCAUAGAUUGGAGAGCGUCAGCUCUCCCGACGGAACCUACUCCUGGUGGCAAUCAAUCCUUUUUCCUAUUUUGGCUCCUAUUUUAGGCCCACUUGUCAUCCUUUUCCUUGCAUUAACUGUAGGACCCUGUUUACUGUGCACAGUAGUGCAACAGAUAGAAGCAACGGUGACCAGACAAGCUGCCGCCAAGAUCCUUACUCUCCAGAGACACGACUACGGAGGUUACUGCCAACGGAAGCGGAGAGUGAAUAUGCAGAUUACAACAAUGAUGCUAGAACAGACACCAGUGCUGUGUAGCAUCAAAGGGGGGAAUGUGGCAGGAAAAGAAAGUCUCAUAAAAGUUUCUAUUCUGUAACUUCUUUGAGAAACAAGUGCUCUCUGCUCUCUGUAACACCUGCAAGAUUUGCCUGGACAAAAGCUGAGUAAAAGUUAUUUUUAGGUAAGGAGCCGGCUAGCAGAUGUUGCUAAGUAACGUUAUCCCGAGGCCGAAAUGCUGACCUUCGUUUCGCUUUUGCCUCUGUAUGCUCCCUUGCUUUAGCAGAUGAAUCCCCCUCCCCUUUUUGCCUUGUAACAAGUAUUUAAAGGAACUGUGACAAACCUGGAUUUGCUCAGAAUUUGGAGAUUUAACCCUCUGGGCCCCUGGGAAAUAAAGUUUGUGCUUCAUCUUC